AUGCCAGCUGAUGAGCACCCUCCGCCACCCGAACAUCGUCCAGUUUCUGGGAGUCGCUUUCUUUCCCGGCUCGCGACUGCCAGCCAUCGUCAUGGAACGACUGCUGACAAGUCUUCACGACUUGCUCGAACCCCAGCGGCCCCCGCCUCGUUCGUCCAAGCCAUUUAUUCCUUUAAGUCUGAAGUGUUCCAUCCUGCAUGACGUAGCGUGCGGCCUGGCAUACCUCCACGAGCGAUCUGUUGUCCACCGCGACUUGACAGCUAAUAACGUUCUCCUGAACUCGGGGAUGGUAGCCAAGAUAGCGGAUCUUGGAGUUGCACGUAUACUCCCUGAUUUGGCUCCAGCCACCCUAACCUUCGCACCUGGAGCUAGCGUGUACAUGCCUCCAGAGGCUCUAGAAAGCAAGCCUGGAGAGGAAAAUGAAGGCAGAAUGUCGAAGUACGAUGCAAGUAUCGACAUCUUUUCGUUUGGUGUUGUAGCCAUGUUUACCAUCAGCCAAACAUUUCCCUACAAAUUGCUAGCUCCAACCUACACUAAAGAUGGAGAGAAUCCUGUAGGUAGAAGUGAACUAGAGCGACGACAGGAGUACAUGACGAUAGUUAACAGCCAGCUAGAAGGAAAGCAUCCUCUCUUAGUAGAGAUAAUCGAGAAGUGCCUUGACUUUCCAGGUAAACGGCCAGAUGUUAAAAAGGUUCUGGAUCUGUUGGUGGAGGCCAGAAAAGAAGUACAAGAUGAACAGAUAAGCAAGAACAAGCUGGAUCUAGUCCAAGCUCUUCGUGAAGCACACAUCAGCCACCAGGAAAAUGAAAAUCAGCUACAGUCCAGUCUGAAGGAGCAAGAAGCACUCAAAGAAAAGAAUGAAAAGUCACUUGAGACUAUCAGGGAGAAGAGACAGCAGAUUCUAGAGGAAAAUCAGUUGGUGCAGAACAAGGACAGAGAACUGACUGAGACUCUGGAAAAGCUGAGGCAGAAGGAGGAACAGUUACAAACAAGUGAGAGAGAAAAACAGAGAGUCCAACAGCAGUUGACAAGAAAGGAAGCAGAGCUGACGAGAAAUGAAGCAGAGGUGACGAGAAAGGAGGCAGAGGUGACGAGAAAGGAGGCAGAGCUGACGAGGGCAGAGGAGACUAUCAGGAGAGAGCAGCAGCAGAUUCAGGAGAUGAGACAGAGAGAGACUGAGUUAGUGCAGGCCAAGGACAGGGAGAUAGCUCUGCUACAGCAACAACUGACUGAGACCCGCAAAAAGCUGAGACAGGGGGAAAAAGAGCUGCAAUCAACUUCGGCUGAAGUGAUUGACUUCAAAAAGAGUCUCCUCGGGAAAAAUGCAAAUUUGGAGACACUGAGGAGAAGGGUUUGCCCUUACACAUCACACGCCAGUGGACGUGGGCAAACAUCAGCUACAGUCAACGAGCAAGCAUUCUUAUUUGUUGAAAUUACUGACUCUAAUGGCAGGCGUUAUCCAAUAGAACAGGCUGUCGCAGCACAAUUGGAAAUUGUUCCGAAACCUACUCCCACAAAUAAUGAUAGUUUGCUGUCUAAUUUGCUCUUUGGAAUCCUUCCAAAACUGAUUUAACAGUAGCCGUGAUGUCUCCCUCCAAAUACAAGGUGUCGUACACACCAGUCAGUCGAGGCCAACACAAACUCCAUGUUCAAGUCAACGACAGAGAAAUCAAUGGCAGCCCCUUCACUGUGACCGUGUACCCUGACCCCAGACAACUAGGCCACCCAGUGAGGACUGUGACUGGCUUGAACCUUCCAUAUGGCAUUGCCUUCAACAGUCAUCAGGAGAUGAUUGUCAGUGAAUAUUUGGGUCAUAGAGUGUCUAUCUUUGACAUCAGAGGACAGAAAAUUCGAAUAAUUGGAUCACGUGGUGACAGUCCAGAUCAGAUG